ACCUGCAGAAAAGAAAAAGGAAGCAGAGAGGAACGGCGGAUCUGACCGCCCGCCCCGAUUUCUCCUCCGCUAUUUAUACGGCCCUCCCCACCGGCUCCGGGCAUCGCCACAACCAAUUCGCAACCUCCCCUCCCCCCCGUUCUCCUCAUUGUCCUCGCGCUCCGCUCCGACGACCAACCGCACCACACACCACUAGCCUGCCUGCCUGCCUGCCGCCAAGGCAAGAUGGUGAAGAUCUGCUGCCUUGGGGCUGGCUAUGUUGGUGGCCCCACAAUGGCGGUCAUCGCCCUCAAGUGCCCUGACAUUCAGGUGGUUGUCGUAGAUAUCACCAAGUCCCGGAUUGAUGCCUGGAACAGUGACACACUGCCAAUCUAUGAGCCUGGCCUUGAUGAAGUCGUGAAGCAGUGCCGUGGAAAGAACCUCUUCUUCAGCAAUGACAUUGAGAAGCAUGUUAGUGAGGCUGACAUUAUCUUUGUGUCGGUAAACACCCCAACCAAGACCCGUGGUCUUGGAGCUGGUAAGGCUGCUGAUCUCACUUACUGGGAGAGUGCAGCUCGCAUGAUCGCUGAUGUGGCCAAAUCGGACAAGAUCGUGGUCGAGAAGUCCACUGUUCCAGUCAAGACUGCUGAGGCAAUUGAGAAGAUCUUGACCCACAACAGCAAUGGCAUCAACUUCCAGAUCCUCUCCAACCCGGAGUUCCUUGCUGAAGGUACUGCUAUCCAAGACCUAUUUAACCCUGACCGUGUUCUUAUUGGAGGACGUGAGACCCCAGAAGGUCAGAAGGCGGUUCAGACGCUCAAGGCUGUGUAUGCGCAUUGGGUUCCUGAGGAUCAGAUCCUGACAACCAACUUAUGGUCUGCGGAGCUAUCGAAGCUUGCAGCCAAUGCGUUCUUGGCCCAGAGGAUCUCCUCUGUGAAUGCCAUGUCAGCCCUCUGCGAGGCCACUGGUGCAAAUGUUUCUGAGGUGUCCUAUGCUGUGGGCAAGGACUCUAGAAUUGGCCCAAAGUUUUUGAAUGCCAGUGUUGGAUUUGGAGGCUCUUGUUUCCAGAAGGAUAUCCUCAACCUGGUUUACAUCUGCGAGUGCAAUGGCCUCCCAGAAGUCGCCAACUACUGGAAGCAGGUGAUCAAGAUCAAUGACUACCAGAAGAGCCGGUUCGUGAACCGUGUUGUUUCCUCUAUGUUCAACACUGUUGCGAACAAGAAGAUUGCGGUGCUUGGUUUUGCAUUCAAGAAGGAUACUGGUGACACUAGGGAGACUCCAGCUAUUGAUGUCUGCAAGGGUCUGCUUGGUGACAAGGCUAAGAUCAGCAUUUAUGAUCCUCAGGUGACUGAAGACCAAAUCCAGCGUGACCUUGCGAUGAACAAAUUUGACUGGGACCACCCUGUCCAUCUCCAGCCAAUGAGCCCCACAACUACAAAGCAAGUCUCGGUUACCUGGGAUGCGUAUGAGGCGACCAAGGAUGCCCAUGGCAUCUGCAUCAUGACUGAGUGGGAUGAGUUCAAGACUCUUGACUACAAGAAGAUCUAUGACAGCAUGCAGAAGCCUGCCUUUGUUUUUGAUGGCCGCAAUGUUGUUGACUCUGAGAAGCUCAGGGAAAUUGGAUUCAUUGUCUACUCCAUUGGCAAGCCACUCGACGGUUGGCUCAAGGACAUGCCUGCUGUGGCUUAAAUAAACUCUGAUAGAGGGAGGAGAUCCGCCUCGGGUGAAUCCAUGAGCAGCUAUCUAUAGGGAUUCAGCUUGUUAUUUCUCUUUAUAGUUGCUGUUUAUCUUGUGCCAGAAAAUCAGAUGUCAUUUUUUUUUCUUCCUUGAGUGUUUCUUCGGGGUUUACAGUGUUAGAAUGGCAUGGUACACUGGGAUGUGUCAUUCCUUUGCUCCAUUGUCACAGCUUUGUAGCUAAUGUCUGUUGUUGCACCUUUAUCAUGUUACUGGUGUUCAUCCUGUUGGUUAUACAUGUGGCUUCAGUUACUAA